CGUCACCAUUCGGAAAUCACACACAAAUAGCCCGCAGAAACAACUCUACCUUGCACUGCCCCUGAAUCACGAUCGCCUUCCAGUACAAGCUAGUCGCCAAUUUCGCGCUGAGAAAUGGCAUCACCUCGCAGCAGCAGCAGCAGCAUACGCGUUCGGCACGGCACGAGCCACGUCGCACUUGCGCUGCUCUCCGUGCUGCUCCUGAGCUCGGCACGCCUCUCCGUGGGCGCCAGCAGGAUGCUGCUGGAGCUGUACAAGCCGCCGGCCAGCGCGCGCCUCACGUACCACGACGGCGCCGUGCUCCAGGGCCGCAUCGCGGUGUCCAUCAUCUGGUACGGCCGCUUCACGCCGGCGCAGAAGGCCGUGGUCACCGGCUUCCUCCAGUCCCUCACCCCCACCUCGCAGGCGCCGACCCCGUCCGUGUCCCAGUGGUGGAACGCCAUCAACCAGCUCUACCUGUCCAAGGCGCGGGGCGGCAACGGCGCGCGCCCCGGCACCGCGCAGGUGGCGCUCGCCGGCCAGGUCGCCGACAAAGGGUGCUCGCUGGGGAAGCGCCUCACGCUGGCCCAGCUCCCGCAGCUGGCGGCGCGGGCCGGGCCCAAGAAGGGCGGGAUCGCGCUGGUGCUCACCGCGCAGGACGUGGCCGUGGACGGCUUCUGCAUGAGCCGCUGCGGCCUGCACGGCUCGGACGCCCGGGCCGGCACCGCCUAUAUUUGGGUCGGCAACGCCGCCACGCAGUGCCCCGGCCAGUGCGCGUGGCCGUUCCACCAGCCGGUGUACGGGCCCCAGACGCCGGCGCUCGUGCCGCCCAGCGGCGACGUCGGCAUGGACGGCAUGGUGAUCAACAUCGCCAGCAUGGUCGCGGGGACGGUGACCAACCCGUUCCGGAACGGGUUCUACCAGGGCGACAAGGACGCGCCGCUGGAGGCCGCCACCGCCUGCACCGGGGUCUACGGCAGCGGCGCAUACCCCGGUUUCGCCGGCAACCUGGCGGUGGACCGCACGACGGGGGCCAGCUACAACGCCAAUGGCGCGCACGGGAGGAAGUACCUGCUUCCCGCGCUGUUCGACCCUGCGACGUCCACGUGUUCAACUUUGGUGUAACGGCUAAGGAAACAAAUCCUGCCAGAAUUGUGUACUGUAUAUAUGCGAGUGACAGGGGGUGUAUGGCAAUUUGAAGUAUCAAUUGCUUAUCGGGGAAACUGCGCCAGACCAGGAAACAAAAACUAAAGCUAGGAUUGUAAAGCAUGCGAAGUAAAUAAAUGCAAAAAAAAAAGUAAAUAAAGAGAAGACCUUCCGUUGAGAAUGGUAACUUCAAAUCACCUUUCACUUCAGUUGCAGUAAUCCUGUAUCUAUAGGAACAGACCAUCUCAAUGGACAAUGUGUUUUCUCA